AUGUCUGCGACUAGGUAUCGACGGUUCUUGAAGUUGUGCGAAGAAUGGCCCCGAGACGAGACGAAGAAGGGCCGAGAUUUGGGCACAUUUCUCCGGCAAAGAGUCGCCUCCGCGUUUCGUGAGGGUGAAAACACGCAGAUUGCAGAUCAAGAGAAAUGUGACCAGAUGUAUGAAAGUUUGGCUCGUAUUAAUGGCAACAUAUACAGACAACGAUUUCCACGUGUGAGAGACACGAGCUUUACGGGUGUCACAGUAGAGGAGUGUAGAGUACUUUUGUCAGGCAGCAUGCAACAGAGCAUGGACGAGGAAAAAAAGGGUCUUUGGAAGACGAUAAUGGAUAGAUUCUCUUCCAAAUCGCCAGAGGACGUUCCAGAAAAAGCUCAUGAAAAAUAA